UGCAGGAAUACAGGGGUGGCCUCUCUGCUAUAAUAAACCAACCCCACCAGGAAAACCCUCAGUCUAGAUUCCCCUUUGGGAAGGCAGAAUUUAAUCGGUCACAUUUUGCUGGGGAGGGGCAUGUUCGGAGAGAUGAGGAAAACAGCACAUCACCACCAUCCCAUGAUGCUGGGCACACAACAGCCGCUUCUUGUCCUUUUGGGUUAUCUGCUAAUCUGGGACUUCCCAGGGGGUUUUGGAAACUACAGAAGAAGCUCUUCCAGAUGCACAUUGAUUCCAAGAAGCAUGGCUUUGUGUUAUGACAUUGGGUACACGGAGAUGAGACUCCCCAACCUGCUGGACCAUGAGACAAUGGCUGAAGCAAUCCAGCAAUCCACCAGCUGGCUGCCCUUGUUAGCCAGAGAGUGCCAUCCGGAUGCCAGGAUCUUCCUCUGCUCCCUCUUUGCCCCAAUCUGCCUGGACAGGCUCAUCUACCCCUGCCAAAGUUUGUGCAAAGCUGUCAGGAAUAGCUGUGCCCCCGUCAUGGCUUGCUAUGGCUACCCUUGGCCUGAAAUCCUGAACUGUAACAAAUUCCCUGAAGAUCAUGAGCUGUGCAUCUCCUCAAUCACUGAUGAAAGUGUUCCAAGCAGGAGAAUGCCCCAGGCCAGCUGCAGGGACUGUGAACUUGAAGAACCCAACUCUCCCAAAGAGAUCCUGGAAAACCUUUGCACCAAUGAUUUUGCUGUGAAAAUAAGGAUUUCCAGGAAGAACAAGACCUCCACCAUUGCUGACUUUGACCUUGACUCCAGGCUGGAAGUUCUGAAGCAUGGCCCCCUUCUGAAGACUGAAACCCACUCCAAACUCCAGCAGUGGCUGAACUUAGAUGCUACCUGUGUACACAACAUUAUGAGAGGCACAAACACAGGUGUCUAUCUGAUCUGUGGUGAGGUGCAGAAUGACAAAGUUGUGGUGGUGAACAAGGCCUAUGCAUGGCACAAGAGGAACCGAAAUCUACAGGCUGCUGUGCGGCGAUGGAAACAUUACAAAUGCCGGGCCUGAACUGCUUAUAGCUCUGGUAUGAAAUGAUAGAAAGAUCCUCUCUUGUUUGUAUCUGAAAGGUCUUCUUCAGCAUAUCUGGAGCAGAGUUUAAGAAGCAAUAGAUGUAGUCUACAUAGUAAAAAUCAUACACCACUGCACCAAGAAAGUAGUUUUCAAACUGCUCUGAGGAGCCCUGGAGUUUCCUACACGCCUAAUUUGGGUUUCUCAACAAGAAAAUCA